AUGCGCGAGGUCAUUAGUAUUCAUGUUGGUCAAGCGGGUGUUCAGAUGGGCAAUGCUUGCUGGGAACUUUACUGCUUAGAGCACGGAGUUCAACCUGAUGGAGAAAUGCCUGACGACAAAUGCAUUGGAAGCUGCGGCGACUCUUUCAAAACCUUCUUCAGUGAAAGUGACUCUGGGAGACAUGUACCACGAACUGUUUUCGUCGACUUGGAACCUACUGUGAUAGACGAAGUAAGAACCGGUACCUAUGGAAAGUUGUUUCACCCCGAACAACUGAUAAGUGGCAAAGAGGACGCAGCAAACAACUAUGCGCGGGGCCAUUAUACCAUCGGACGAGAACUAAUUGACCUUGUGCUUGACCGCAUUCGCAAGUCCACGGACCAAUGCUCUGGACUUCAAGGAUUCCUAAUCUUUCGCUCCUUCGGAGGUGGCAGCGGAUCUGGGUUUACUUCGCUCUUGAUGGAGCGGCUCAGUGUGGAGUAUGGAAAGAAAUCGAAAUUGGAGUUUUCCAUAUAUCCUGCUCCUCAAAUAUCCACGGCUGUCGUUGAACCCUAUAAUUCCGUCCUCACCACACAUACGACGCUAGAACAUUCGGAUGUUGCCUUCAUGGUUGACAACGAGGCAAUUUUUGACAUUUGCCGACGUAAUCUUGAUGUUGAACGGCCAUCCUACUCAAAUCUAAAUAGAAUAAUCAGCCAAGUUGUCAGCUCGAUCACAGCUUCCUUACGCUUUGAUGGGGCUCUUAACGUUGAUCUUACAGAAUUUCAAACGAACUUAGUCCCCUAUCCGCGAAUUCAUUUUCCGCUGACAGCUUACGCCCCAAUUAUCUCGGCCGACAAGGCUUAUCAUGAGCAACUUACUGUCGCAGAAAGCACAAAUGCAUGCUUUGAACCGUCAAAUCAAAUGGUUAAAUGCGAUCCACGCCAUGGCAAGUACAUGGCUUGCUGUCUGCUCUACCGUGGUGAUGUUGUCCCCAAGGAUGUUAAUGCUGCCAUCUCGGCCAUAAAAACAAAGACGUCGAUCCAAUUUGUGGAUUGGUGUCCUACGGGUUUCAAAGUAGGCAUCAACAACCAGCCGCCUACGCUUGUUCCGGGAUCCGAUCAAGCAAAAGUUUCCCGUGCAGUCUGCAUGCUAGGAAAUACAACGGCGAUCUCCGAAGCAUGGAUUCGGCUCGACCACAAGUUUGAUCUCAUGUACGCUAAACGAGCUUUCGUACAUUGGUAUGUUGGUGAGGGGAUGGAAGAGGGUGAGUUUUCUGAGGCUCGCGAAGACUUGGUUGCCCUGGAGAAGGACUACGAAGAAGUCGGGGAAAACAGUGCUGAUACACACGAGGAAGAGGAGGAAUACUAA